UUGUGGCCGGAUUAUAACCUCAAAAUUUGACAACCCGUAAGCCGUUGGCCUUUGAAUUUUUGAUUUUAUUAACUAGAAUUAGAAAUGAUGAGAACUCUUCAAGACUUUCAACUACCUAUCGAUGGAGAAAUUUCAUUGUGCCAAAUAAACGGUCGAGUAUUCUCUAGAAAUUAUGAUAUUGCUAAUUUAAAUGCUUUUACAAAUACAUUAGAACACUACCCUAAAAUCCAUAUUACAAGUGAUUUAUUGCAUCCUAUAAGUUCAGGUGAUGAAGGGAAGGCUUUAUUUUUACCAGUCGAUGUAUCUUUUCUAAAACAAUUAACACAAAUAUAUUAUGAACAAGGGUCUAUUGAAGCCUUGCAUACAGCUUCUACACAUAACCAUUUUCUCAUCUCAAAGUCUGCAAAAUUAGCAUUAGGUUUAUUAAAAUAUAUAAGAAAAGUGAGAUUAUUAUUAAAUCCAAACUUGAGAUAUAGUGGUCCUGGUUUAAUUAGCAAUUUUUCACAGUCGAGAAAUUGGUUAAAUACUACAGUAAGAUGUAUUGCUUGGCAUCCUUAUUGUGCAAAAGUAGCUGUAGUGACUUGUGAUGACAGUGUAAGGAUUUUUAAUGGAGAUGUUUGUGUUGUGUCACCAUUGUUGAGGUGUAAACAACAAAAACAUAUUACUUGUGUAGCAUGGAGACCAUUGUCUAAUACUGAGAUUGCUGUAGGCCAUGAAAGUGGGAUAAUUGUAUGGAAUAUUGACCCCAAUUCUUUGGUAGCAAGACCUUCUAUUAGCAAUGCAAUAGUUUUACAAAGAACUGAUCAUAGACCUGUUAUGAGCAUAGCCUGGUCCCCCAAAGGAGAUAAACUAGUAAGUGUAGCAGCUUGCGACAGCACUAUUUACAUAUGGGAUGUUGAAUUGGACAAAACUAGUGUUUUAAAAAGAUCUGGAGGAUCAGGGAAUACCCUUGUUAAGUGGUCACCGACAGGAGAAAAAUUAUUUACAUGUACAAAUAGCCUCGUUUUUAGAGUUUGGGACUGCCGUAACUGGGAAUGCGAGCGUUGGACGGUACUCAGUGGCCGUGUUCAAUCAUCCUGCUGGUCAAAUUGUGGUACUACAUUGCUUUUUACCACAAACAUAGAACCCAUCAUCUAUGGUGUCAUAGUAAAAAAUGAUUUGAUCUUUACAUCAGAUUCUGACAGCUCCUCUAACCAAGCCUUACCCAUGUUUGAUACUUGCAAAGUCGACAUAGAUGGCGUUAUCGUGGGUGGAUUAGUACAGUGCAUGGAAAGCGAUCCAAAAGGAAAACAUUUGGCCGUUAUGUUCCAAGAUACCGACUGCAUAGCUGUGUUUAAUAUUAUAAGGCAACAUGGAUUGCAGUUGAUUGCCAGCUCCUUAAUAACUGGGUUAGCGGAAGAAAAGCCGAGUACAAUAAGUUUUGUAUUAGAUUUUGAAGCAGGGGCUUGUCUAUCAAUUGGAUGGUCCAGUGGGAGAAUCCAAUAUUAUCCAAUUAUUUAUACUGAUUUGUCAUCGAGCUCACCAGAAAAUACUUAUAUUUCUUCAAUGUACAAUUCAUUCAAUUCUCCUGUCUUUUAAACAUUUUAUAAUUUUACAUGUAAAGCAAUUUUUGUAUCAUUGUAAUAGGUAUAAGAAACUCAAUAAAAC